UCAAACUGAAAUGCUGUUGGUUUUGCAAUGCGAGUUUCUUUUGGCAUGAGAUUCCUGGGCUUUUCUUCUAUGGAUUCUCCAGCGGGGGCGUUUACGGGAAAUUCAGGGGAACUCCAGCCGGAGCGUUUAAAAUGCGGCUCCGAUUUGCAAUGAGCCGAGCGAUUCACCAUGAACGCAGCACCUGGACUACUCCUGUGCCUGAUCGGCGCCGUGCUCAUGUCAGGACAGGUGGAAGCAGUCUAUGUUCCCUUAAGAUGUGCUUGCCCGAAGGUGACUGAAGUCGUCAAGGAACCGUUAAGUGAUAUUAAUGUCAUCGAAAAAGGUCCUCACUGUAAAAACGAUGAAAUCAUAGUUACACUGAAAGCUCAAGCAGGAGAUGGUCAACCCAUUAACGUGUGCUUAAAUCCUUCUGGGAAGCAGGCGAAACAACUGCUAAAAUGUUUGGAAAGAAUGGCUAAAAGCAACAAGGAAAAGAAGCAAUGCCUGCAGCCGCAGAAACGAAGACCGAAACACAAACGGAAUCAGACACAGAAAUUGAGGCAGACAUCCAAGAGGAGCAGAGGAACAAAGCAAAGGGCCUUGCAAUCAUGAUCCUCAAGGCUCAUGUGACUAAGCGGACUGCUGUCCACUGAGGUGGAAAAUGUGGCCGGUGUGGCGGUUCUGUGGGGCCACGCAUGUCACUGUCACAGUACCUGUGUCUACUUUCGGGACCAAAGAAAAUAUACAUAAUAAGGAUGUUCUCCUUCCAUCCUAGCAGCAUCCAGACCAGGAUCUGCCUUUUCCUCAGUAAAAAGCAGCAGCUCACAUGUAUGCUGGUGCACCUAAAAAUAAACUACUGCUGUGUGGUUUGUUGUUACCACAGCAAAUCAUUUGAAAGCUUCUGGCUGUACUGUAAUCAAACCAUGUCUGUGCUCUUACUGUAUGAACAUUAACUUAUUGCCAAGCUUAUUCAUUAAACUGAUUGAAACCCU